AUGAGCGAGGCCAAAGAAAUCAAGGAAGUCAAAGAACCGCGAGAGCCUGGCACAGGACCCGGGCGAAGGAAAACCGUCCGCAAGGGCAUGUUUGCCAAGGAUCUCAAGUUACUCAUGUACGGUUUUGGCGAUGUGGCUAAUCCAGCUUCGGAUUCUAUUGCUGUAAUGGAUGAUUUGGUCAUGGACUACAUCACGGACAUGUGUCAGAAAGCGGCUAGGGUGGCAGAAAACCGAGGUAAAGUUCGAGUGGAAGAUUUCAAAUUCGUGCUACGUAAAGAUGCGAAAAAGCUGGCUCGUGUGGAGGAGCUGUUGUAUAUGAGUGAAGAUAUUCGACGUGCCAAGCAGUUGUUUGACGAAAAGGAAAUGGAUCCCUUGGAAGAAGGAACAACCACCACCACCACCGCCGGUGGUGCGGCAUCAUCCACCCCGGCGCCCAUGCCUGUUGCUGGUGGCAGUACCGCGUCCCAAUGA